AAAUACGUCCUGACCAUCUGCAUUAUAAUUUCUCCACUGCACGCCCGAUGUUUUACGCCUGACAGUGCACGCCCAGGCGCAGGGCUAAGCAGCCAGGAUGCGUGUGAAGCUCAAGAAGGCGGUUGAGGUGCCUGCACCCAUUCAGGCGUUCCUGGAUGUGGUGCUGGCAAGUCCUCGUGAUGAGCUUCCACGAAUUCUGGAGGGAUUCAAGUGGACCUACGAUAAGGGAGAUUUCAACCAUUGGGUGGAACUAUUUAACCUCUUUGAUGAGGUCUUGGAGGGGGCCAACAAGGACCGGCCGGAGCUGGGCCUCGGCGAGCCUGCGAGCGGGGGUAAACCCGCGUCGGAGCUGCCGCCGUUCCCGGAGGAAACGUGCAUCGCCAUCUUGCGCACUACCUCUGUGAUUCUGGAGCACUGUAGCAACAAGCACCUGUACCAUUCGUCGGACCGCCUGGCGGAGCUCCUGGCGACGGACAGGGAUGAGCUGCUCACAGCCACGCUGCACACACUGGAGGUGAUGGUGCGCAAGACGCAGAGCAGCAGCGUGCGCUGGCAGGGCUCGCGGGAGCUGAACGGCCGCCUGUCGGCGAUGUGCCACCUGUGGGGCGGAGCCGACCAGGGUCUGGACAUGACGGUGUGUGCGUCAGAGGGCGCCACGCCCAGCAAGCAGGCCCUUGCGGAGGCGACCACGCUGACGUUCCAGUUCCACCCCUCGGGCGGCGCCAGCGGCUCGCCCACCACCAUAACGGUGCCGGGCGUGGACCGGCUGGGCGAGUCGGCGCAUGCGCUGGCGGCGCGGCUGUGGCAGCAGCACAACGUGCCGGCGCCGCAGCGGUUCCUGCUGCUGUCCAAGGCGCGUGUGGCCAUGCGCAUGGGCAGCUUGCAGGGCCGGCGCACAGUGGUGACUCAGCGGCUGCUGGCUCACAACAUCCUGCUCAACUCCAUGCCCACGCCGGAUGAGCUGGCGCCGCUGGCGGGCCCGGAGAGCGAGUUUGUGUCGGACCUGGUUUCGCUCAUCGCCGCCGAGUCGGGCGUGCCGGAGCCGCUGCGCUCCCUGGCGCUGCGCUCGCUGGCGGUGCAGCUGGCGGACCGCGGCCGCCACGCCGCCAUCAUUGCCGCCAUCAACAGCGGCGGCCAGAGCGGCUUCCUGUCGCUGCUGCUACACCGCAGCAUCGCCUCGCUCGUGGCGCAGGCGCAGGCGGCGGAGACCGCUGCGGCGGCUGCUGCCGCCGCCGCCGCCGCCUCCAGCGGCGGCGCCGCCGGCGCAGCCGGCGGCAGCGAGGCGGCGCAGCCGCCUCCGGCGGCCGCGGCGGCGGCAGCCGCCGCGUCGGCGCCUCCGGCGCACACGUACAGCCUGGAGUUUGUGGAGUCGCUGCUGGUGCUGGUGCAGAGCCUGGUGACCAGCACGGCGGGCGGCACGGCGCUGGCGGACGCGGGCGUGGCGGGCGCGCUGCUGCCGCUGCUGCGCCUGCGCGGGUCGGACCACGUGGGCCUGGUCACGGCGGCGGUGCGGGUGCUGGAGGGCUACAUCGACUUCGCCGCCGGCACCGCCACCGCCGCCUUCGGCGACGCCAGCAACGGCCUGCAGGAGCUCAUCAACCGCCUCGUGUUCGAGGUCGGGCUGCAGGCAGGCGCGGCGGCGGGAGGCGCGGCAGGAGCGGCAGGAGCGGCAGCAGUGGAGGGCGCCGGCGUGGGAGGAGCGGCGGAGGGCGCGGGAGCCGCGGUGGCGGCGGCGGCUGCACCGGCGGGGCCUGCGGCGACUGAGGCCGCGGCGGAGCUGGCCGCAGCCGCGGCUGGCGGCUGCCUCGCGCAGCGCCAGGCUGCGGAGAAGGCUGCCGCCGCCGCCGCUGCCGCCGCUGCCACGGCCGCGGGCACCAGUGCCGCCGGUGCCAGCAGCGGCGAAGCCGCCGGAACCUCCGCCGCCACGCCGGAGGCGUCGGCGGCGGCGUCGCCGCCAAAGGUGCCCUACGCGCGCACCACGCUGAUCAAGUUCCUGCUUCGCUGCCUGGCGCUGGCGUGCUUCUCUCCGCAGAGCACCGCCGCCUCGCGGCCGCCGGAGGGGGUGCUGCAGGCGCUGUACCGUUCGCUGGGGGUGGUGCUGCGCGACGGCGCGCGCUUCGGCGGCAGCCUGUUCGCGCUGGCAGCCACGGUGGUGAGCGACUGCCUGCACGCCGACCCGCUGCAGUACCGGCUGCUGGAGGAGGCGGGGCUGCCGCAGGCCUACCUGGAGGCGGUCAAGGCUGGCCUGCUGCCCAGCACGGACGCGGUGUGCAGCCUGCCCGGCAUGCUGGUGGCGCUGUGCCUCAACACCGGCGGCCUGGCGCGGGUGCGCGAGGCGCGCGCGCUGGAGGCGCUGCUGCCGCUGCUGACGGGGCGGCGGUACGGCAAGGCACUCAGCGGCGACAGCGCGCAGAUGCUGGGCGCGGGGCUGGAGGAGCUGUUCAGGUUCACUCCCAGCUUGCGGCUGGAGGGCGUGGAUGUGGUCAUCAACACCGUGCGGGCGCUGUGCGUGCUGGGAGGUGAUGAGGCGGAGGUGCAGGCAGCGCGGGAGCAGACAGCAGCAGCCAAGGAGGCCGCGGCAAAGCAGGCGGCGGAAAAGGAGGCGGCUGCAAAGGAGGCGGCAGCCAAGGAGGCGGCGGAGAAGGAGGCAGCAGCUAAGGAGGCGGCAGCCAAGGAGGCAGCGGCCGCAGGCAGCUCCUCCGCUGCUGAGCCCAUGGACACGGACGCGGCUCCUCCGACCGCCGGUGCGGCUGGCGAGCCCGCCGCCGCCGCCACUGCUGCGGGUGCCGACGCGGCUGCCGCGCCAGCGGCCGAUGCCGCCGCCGCCCCCGCCACUGGCGACGCCGCCGCCGCCGCCGCCGGCCAGGCGGAGGGGGAUGCGUUGGCGCAGGCGAUGGACCUGGACCUGGACGCCGCGCCUGCGGCGGACGCCGCCGGCGCGGCCGGCGCCGCCGGCGCCGCCGGCGCAGCUGCGGCGGCGGAGCCGGCGCAGGCGCAGGCGCCUGUGCCGUACGACUUCAGCGCGGUGCUGGAGGAGGCGGCGGGAGUCAAGGACGGCGAUGCGUUCCUGACGGAGACCAUCAGCCACGUGACGCGCAUGCUGGAGGGCCUGGUCACGCACCCCGAGACCAGCCGGCUGCUUGUGGAGCGCGGUCUGUUGGCGCUGCUGCUCAAGCUGCCGCAGCUGCCGCGCCUGCCCUUCACCUUCGCCUUCUCCUCCAGCAGCCACCCGCUGCUCGCGGUGGCGCGCGCGCUGGCGCCCAACCACUCCAGCGUGGCCGCGACCCGCACGGCCGAGGCGCUGGCGGCGGCGCUGCCGGCGGCGCUGGCGAGCGUGGGCGGCAUGGGCCCGGCGGCGUGCGUGCCAGCGCUGCCGGCGGCGGAGCGCCAGGCGUACCUCAAGGCCGUCAGCAGCGCCGCCGGGCUCAUCACGCUGGCGUCGGUGGUGGCGCGCACCUCCACGGGCAUGCUGCAGCAGCUGUCCACUGUGCCGGAGCAACAGCAGCCGGCGGCGGCGGCGGUGGCGGCGGCGGCUGUGCCGCCGGCGGCGGCAGGCGCAGCCGCAGCGCCAGGCGGGGAGGGCGCGGGGGGUGCGGAGCCGAUGGAGGCCGCAGCCGCCACGCCGGCACCCGAGGGCGCGGAGGCAGCGGCAGCGGCGCCAGUGGCAAGCGCGGACGCGGCCGGCGCGUCAGCAUCGACGGCGGCAGCGGCGCCGCCGGCGACAGCUGCGGCGUCGCCAACAGCGCCUGCGGAGCCGGUCCUGGUCCUGAUGGGCCGACUGGAGCGGCUGCUGAUGGCUCAGGCCGACAUUGCUGACGCCUGGGCCAUGCAGAAGGCCGAGGCGGAGAAGGCCGGCAAUGGCAGUGGUGCCGCCGCGGCCACAGCGCCUGGCGGCGCGGCGGGCGCGGCGGCGCCGGCCGCAGCGACGGAGGGCGGCGCACAGGCCAGCGGAAGCGCGGCUGCUGGCGAGGGGCCCGCGGCUAUGGCCACGGAUGCACCAGCCGGCGGCGAGGCGGCGGCGGCGGCUGCUGGUGGCGCUGCUGCCGGCGCUGGUGCCGGUGCGGAUGCCGGCGCACCCGACGAGGCAGGCGGCGACGGCGCAGCCGGGGCCGGCGCAGCCGGCGGCGCCGCAGGCGCCGCCAAGGCCGGCGUCGCGGCGGCGCCCACCAGCCGCCGCUCCCCCGAGGAGCUGUCUCACGACGUGCUGCACCACUCGCUGCUGGCCAUCCGCACCUUCUACAUCGCCGUCGCCAAGGCGGUGCACACCACCGCGCGCCGCGGCGGCCGCGACGACCCCGCGGCGGCGGCGCCCAACCUGGGCAUGCGCGGCGCUGCGCUAUGCCUGGCGCUGACGCUCAAGGGUAACCUGGACCAGGAGCUGCCGUUGCUGACGCCGCCGCUGGCGGCGCCGGCACCGGCGGCGGAGGGUGGCAAGGAGGCGGCGGCGGUAGGCGUGGCGGCGGCGGGUGGUGCGGACGCGGUGGGUGGCGACGCGAUGGCGGUGGACAGCGGCGCGGCUGUGGCGGCGGCUGCGGCGGCUCCACUGAACCGGCGGGCGAUGCACCUGCAGCGGCUGGCGGACGAGGCCUACCACGUGCUGCUGGACUCGCGGCGCCGCUCCUGCCACGUGCUCAUCCUCAACUACUUCGUGGCCAUCGGCGGCAUGGAGUCCCUGGCGCGCCGCUUCGAGCAGGCGUCGGAGAACCUGUGGGCCGUGCUGGAGGCGCAGCAGGCGCAGCAGCAUAAGGAGCAGGCGGCCAAGGCUGGGGAGCAGGGAGCGGUGGCAGCAGCAGGAGAGGCGGCUGCGCCGGCGCCCGAGGCGCCGGCUGCGCCGGGAGGAGUGGCGGCGGCGGCGGCUGACGCCGCCGCCGCGCCGCGUGACGCGUCCAUGAGUGAAGGCGGCGCUGCGCCUGCGGCCGGGGCGGAGGCGGCGGCGGCGCCAGCCGCUGCUGCUGGCACGGCUGCGCCUGCGGCGCCUGCAGCGGUUGCGCCUGCUGCUGCUGCUGCUGCCGGUGCUGGCGCCAGCGGCAGCCGCAGUAGUACCGCCUCCAUGACAGUGCGCAAGGACCCGGUCACUGUGGCGGAGAAGUGCCUCACGUCGUACCUGGCGGUCUAUGAGCAGCUGUCCAACGCGGGCACAAUCUUCUCCACGCCCCAGGCGUCAGUGCUGCUGGCGGCCCCGCUGCCGACCGCUGCGGGCGCCGCCGCACGUGACCAGAUCAAGGACCCGGUGGACGUGAUGCGCGUCAUCCACGCCCGCAUCCUCUCCUCCAUCCUGCCCGUGUGGCGCCACGCCUGCCUGCCCGCCUGCUCCCCGCCCGUCGUGGCCGCGCUGGUCUCCAUCCUGCGCGUCUGCGCCGAGGGCACUAGCCAACAGGCCGUGCUGGCGCUGCGAGCCGCCGGCGGCGCCGCCGCCGGCGCCGGCGCCGCGGGCAUCGGCCGCGGCGCGCUGGGCCGGCCCGUGUUCGCGCCCGACCCGGCUCUGGUGCAGAGCAUCGUGGAGAUGGGCUUCAGCGCCGCCCGCGCCGAGGAGGCCAUUCGCCGCGUGGGCGCCAACAGCGUGGAGGCCGCAAUGGAGUGGCUGGUCAUGCACCCAGAGGAGCCACCGCCGCCCGCGCCUGCGGCGCCCGCCGCCGCGGGUGGCGAGGCCGCCGGCGGUGCAGCCGCCGCUGGCACGGCGGCGGCGGCGGCGCCGGCGCCGGCGGCGCCGGUGCAGGACGACGACACGCGGCUUGGCGCGACGCUGGCGGCGGCGCUGGCGGGCAUCAGCGAGACUGUGGCGGACUUGACGCCGCCGACAGCUCCGCCGCCCAUCGAGGCCACAGCCACCAGCACCACUGAUGCUGCGGGCGCGGCAGCGCCCGCCGCCGCGCCUGCGGCGGCUGACGCCGCCGCUGCCGCCGCCUCUGCGGCGGCGGCGCGGGGCGCGGUGCCAGGUCCGGAGCAGGUUGUUGAAGGCGCCCUGGCCAUCCUUGCCCGCUCCUCCGCCUCCACUGGCUCCAUCUCAGACCUGCUAUACACACUGGCCGCGCGCGACGCCGGCCGCGAGCGCGGCGCCGUCGUGGCGCAGCUCCUGGGCUGUCUCAAGUCCGCGGCGGCCGCCGCCGCAGUUGACGGUGGGAAGCAGACGCUGGCGGCGGCGCGGCUGCUGCUGCUGCUGCUCACACGGGACGCGGCCAGUGUGGAGGCGGCUAGCCAGGCGGGCAUGGCGGAGCUGGCACUGGGGCUGGUCGAGGAGUGGAUGGCGGGCUACGGCAAGGCUGUAGCUGCCGCCACGGCGGCGAGCGCUGCUACUGCCGCUGCAGUACAGCCGGAGGGCGACGCGGCAGCGCCGGCGCCGGUGGCGCUGCCGGAGGAGCUGGUGGCGGGGCUGCGUGUGCCAGUGUGGGUGGAGGCGAUGCUUCUGGUGCUGGAGAUGAUGGCCAACACGGCGCCCCGCCGCACGCCCGCCGCCGCAGCAGCAGGUGCCGCAGCUCCUGCAGGAGCAGCUGGCGGUGCGGCGCCUGCAGGCACGGCUGCCGCCGCCGCCGCCGCUCCCGCAGCGGCUGCCACGGCCGUGCCACCGCCCGCGCAGCCGGCAGACAGCCCCGUCGCCGGCGAGCCCGCCGCCGCCGCUGCGGCUGCCCCUGCGGGGGAAGCCGCAGGUGCCGGCCCCUCCACAGCCGCCGCGCCCGCUGCGGAGCCCGCGGGCGCGCGCACGCCUGCUGCCGGGGCCCCAGCCGGGGCCCCGGCCCCGGCCCCGGCCGCCGCAGGCGGCGCCGCGGGCCUGCUGCCGGCGGCGCUGUCUGAGGCGCUGACCGCGUGGCGUCCCUGCGGCCUGCUGGGCGAGGGCGAGCAGGCGCGGGCCAUGAAGCUGUGCACGGGGCUGCUGCAGGCGCUGCAGACGCACGGCGACAAGUGGUGCCCGCCGCUGCGGCUGGCGGCGGCGCCGGCGGCGGACGAGAUGGUGCCGUCGCCGUCGUCCGCGACGCAGGCGGUGCUGCAGCUGCUGGCGCGGCUCACGCGCAAGCACUCCAACGCAGCGCUGGCCGCAUCCGCGGGCGUGCCGCGGCUGAUGCUGCGCCUGCCCUGGUCCUGCCUGCUGCCCAACGCCGCACGCCAGGAGCCCCACAUGCUGGCCAUCCUGCGCCACGUGCUAGAAGACCCCGCCACGCUGGGCGGCUGGAUGGAGGCCGAGCUGCGGAACUUCUUCGCGCAGCGCUCGCGCAACGCCGCCGGCGGCGGCCUGUUUGGCGGCGGCGGCGGCGGCCGGGGGCGCGGCGGCGCCGGCGGCGACGUGCCUGUACCCAUGGCCACCUUCCUGGCGUCCAUGUCCCGACUGCUCAACAGGGACCCGUUCGUGUUCCUGGAUGUGGUCAUGCGCUGCUGCAACGUGGACGCCACCGGCACGCCCAUGCUGAGGCUCAAGCGAGCCGACGGCGCCGCCGCCGCCGGGGCCGCCGCCGCAGCAGGCGGCCACGACCCCAUGGACCUCACGCCCGCGCCCUCCGGCAGCACCGCCGCCGCGGCGGCGGCGCUGGCCGCCUCCGGCGGCGCAGCCGCAUUGGCGGCGGAGGCGCCGCCGCCAAAGACGCCUGGCGGCGCCGCCGCUGGCGGCGCGGCGGCGGUGCCGCCGACGUUGGCGAAGAUCACGCGCAAGUCUGUUCCGGCCAGCUUUGUUGACGUCAUUGAUGCGCUGGUGGAUGUGAUUAUGGCGUACAAGGGCCCCGCGCCGCCGCCGCCAGCCCCAGCAAAGGAGGACGGCGCCAAGGCGGCGACGGAGCCGGCAAAGGAGGGCGAUGCGGCCGCGCCUGCUGCCGCCGCAGCCGAGUCCAUGGAGGUGGAUGCGGCCGGUGCUGGCUCCGCCGCCACCGCCGCCGCUCUCGCGACGGCGGCUGCGCCGGCGGCGGCUGUGGCUGACGCCGCCGCCAAGCUGGCUGCGCAGCAGGCGGAGGCGGAGGAGAAGCUGGCGGAGCUAAUGCGCAAGUCCAGUGAGGCGGUGCGGCAGCGGCUGGCGCUGCGCUUCCUCACCGACUUCUCCCUGCUCUUCAGCCCCACAGUGGGACUGCUGCUCAAGCGAGAUGAGCAGCUGGCGGCGACGGCCGCCGCGGCCGUGGCGGCGGCGGCGACCGCCGCCGCCGCCGGCAGCUCGGCGGACGGCUCCGCCGCCACCGUCAAGAAGGAUGAUGGCGGCAAGGAGAAGGAGAAGGAGGGCAAGGACACGCACGCGCCGCGCGAUAAGGAGAAGGAGGAGAAGACUCCUCACGCUAAGCGCGGCGGUGCGGCUGGCGGCGCCGCGGGCGCUGCGGGCGGCGCCGCCACCGGCGGCAAGCACGAGGCUGCGCCCACCACCGGCAAGAAGAGCCACAAGAAGCAGCAGCAGCCGCACCACGACGAUAAAGACAAGGAGAAGGAGGCUCACAGCAGUAAGAAGGACAAAAAGGAGAAGGAGCACAAGGACAGCAAGGAGCACAAGGACAAGGAGGAGGAGGGCGGCAAGGACACGGCAGCGGCCAAGGACGCCAAGGACGGCGGCAGGGACGCCGCCGACCCCCACGCCGCGGCUGCUGCUGCGGCAGGCGCUGGCCAGCACCGUGCCGGCGCAUUGCUGCGGCAGCUGAUUCACGUGCACCUGGUGGCGGGCGACCAGGCGGCGGCGGCGGGCGGCGCCGGCAGCGCCGCGGCGUCGGAGGCGCAGAUGACCGCCAAGGUCAACGAGCUGCUGCAGGCGCUGUGUGUGCGCUCCGUGGAGGGCCGCCGCCGCGUCAUCUCAGAGCUAGUCUACACGCUCACCAUGGGCCUGCCGCCCCAGUCCGCGCAGCACCAGCACCACCAGCAGCAGUCGGUGCUGGACGCCGCGCACCGCGAGCUCAUCCUGCGGGCGCCGGGCGCGGCUGCGGCGGCCGCCGCCGCGGGGCCCUUGCUUGAGAAGCCCGGCUUCCCCGCGCCGGCCAAGCUCCGCGCCGCCAUCCAGCUGGUGGGCAGUCUGGUGGAGAACAGCGGCGCCGCCGCCGCGCAGGCCGACCCGCGGCGGCCGGGCGGCCCCGGCGCCGCCACCGUGAGCACCGAGAUCCUGCGCACCAUGCGCGAGUACGGCAUGGUGCGAGCGCUGACCGGCACGCUGCGGCUGGUCAACCCCGACCACCCGCGCGCGCACACGGCGGUGCAGUCGAUCCUCCGCCCGCUGGAGCUGCUGACGCGGCACGCAGGCACCUGGGGGCCCAAGCUGCUGGCUAGCGGCGGCGGCGGCCCUGGCGGCCCCGCGGCGGCGGCGGGCGUGAGCCCCACCACGCGCGGCGGCGCUGGCGGCCGGUCAGGCCACGCGGCGGCGGGCGGCGGCGCCGACGACGAGAUGCGUGCGGAGGCGGGGCCGGCGGCGCUGCGGGCCAUGGGUCGGCGGCGCGGCAGCGACGUGGUGGACAUGCUCAUCAGCCGUAUCGACGAGGCCAUGGAGGGCAUGGGCGCGCGCCACGUGGGCUCCUCGGACGAGGAGGACGAGGACGAGGACGACGACGAGCUGCUGGCGGAGGGCGGGCGGCGCCGCCGGCGCCACCGGCGCCACGCCGAGGGUGCGGAGGGCGAGGAUGAGGAGGACGAUGACCUCGUGGACCUUGAUGAGAUGGAGGAGGACGACGAGGAUGAGGACGAGGAGGGCGAGGAGGGCGAGGACGAGGAUGAUGAGGGCGAGGAGGGAGACCUGGCGGAUGAGAUGCAGAUGCAGCGCCUGCAGGACGAGAUGAGUGAGGACGCCGAGGCGGAGGAGGGCUUUGACGACGACGAGGAGGCGCACGCGCUGCUGCACGGCGGCGACGACGACGACGUCGACGACAUCGAUGUGGAUGACGACCUCGGCGACCUGGGCGACAUCGCGGGCAUGGCCAUGGGCGACCCCGAUGACGACCUGGAUGAGGAUGACGACGAGGGCGAUGAGGAUGAGGAUGAGGAUGAUGAGGACGGCGAUGAGGAUGACGACCACCACGACUUGCACGGCGAUGAGGAGGAGGAGGGCGAGGACGUGGACGGCGAGGGCGAGGGCGGCGCCGCCGGGGAGAUCGUCGACGAGGAGGAGGACGUUGAGGGUGACGGCGGUGACGAUGCGCACGACCCCUUCGCGGACCCCCACGGCGGCGGCGGCGGCGCGGCCAACGGCGGGCUGGGCGGCCUGGCCGCCGACGGCGCUGACGGCAUGAACCUGCUGGCGGAUGGGGACGAGGAGGCGGACGGCCGGGCCGAGGACGACGAGGAGGAUGAGGAGGACGAGGGCGACGACGAGGGUGACGGCACCGAGCCCGACUACGGCGACGAGGAGGAGUACCUGGCGGGCAUGGAGGCGGACGGCACCGAGGGAGGCCGCGCGGCGCAGCUGUUCCUAAACAUGGGGGCCCCCGGCGACAUGGACGACCUGGGUCUGCUGGGCGGCGCCGCCAACGGCAUGGGCGGCGGCGGCCGCGGCGCCAACGCCCUGGCCGAGCUGCUGCAGGCCGGGGCCGACUGGGGCGCACCCGGCGGCCGCCGCAACCGCACCUUCCGCUACCGCCUGGCGGCGGGCGACGGCGGCGCCGCAGCAGGCGCCGGCGGGCUGAUGGGCGGCGCCGGCGGCGCCGCCGGCGGCGAGGGCGGCGCGCUGGACCCAGCGCACCUGCUCAGCCUGGCCACGACGCUCAUGCCCACGCAGCAUAGGCUGUUGAUGGGCCGCGGCGCGGCGCCGGCGCCUGGGUCUAGUGCCGCUGCCGCGGCGGCGCUGGCGGCGGGUAACGUGCUUCCGCUGACGGCGGCGCAGGGCGCCGCCGGCACCGCCGGCGCGGCGGCCGCGGCGGCGGCGGUGAUGCCGCAGAUGCUGCUGCAGAUGCAGGGCGGCGAGAUUCCGUCGGCGCAGAUGCUUGCCGCCAUCCAGGACAUGAUUGACGCCACGCUGGUGAACAUGGGCGGCGCGGCGACCGGUGUAGGCCGAGCCAACAUCGCCUUCCAGUGGGAGGCCGGCGGCAUGCCGCUGGGCGGCGGCGGCCGCGGCGGCAACCCCUUCGCUCCGCGCGCCGUGGGCCUGGGCUCCGGCAUCGACGAGAUGGCUCGGGCCCUGGGCGAAAUGCCGUACCCGGGCGCCGGCGGCGCGGGCCGCGGCGUGCGGGAGGAGCCGCGGACCGGCGUCGACGGCGCCAUCGACGCACGCACUCUGGAGUCGCAGCUGGUAGCGCUCAUGCGCAGCCGGCAGCCGGCGGCGCCACAGCCCGCUGCGGCAGCGGCCGUGUCGCCGACGCAGGCCCAGCAGCAGCAGCCAGGCGGGGCAGCGGGCGCGGCGGCUGCCGCUCAGCCGGCGGCAACACCAGCGCCUGCCGCUGCCGCACCCGCAGCGGCCGAGCCCACCGCGACAGCCGCAGCAACGCCUGCGCCGGCCGCCGACGCGGGCACCUCCGCACCCACACCCGCAGCCGCGGCCGCGGCUCCUGCGGCAGUGCCCGCCGCCACCCCCGCGGCCGGACAGGCGGCUGCGGAGCAGACGCCAGGGCCGGCGGCGGCGGCAGCCGCAGGCGUCACGCCCGCGCCCGCACAGGCACCGCGCGCUGCUGCGGCGCCGCCUGCCCCGCCUGCCCGACCCGGGCGGCGUGCUGCCCAGGGCGGGCGUGGCGGCGCAAGUGCUGGCGGCGGCGCCGCCUCCACCGGCGCCCGCCUGGACCUGGGUCUGGUGUCUGAGGCACUCGCAGCGGCCAUGUCCAGUCUACCCACCCCAGCAACCGCGGCCGCAGCUGCAGGCGCAGCUGCGGCGGCGGCGCAGCCGCCAGCGGCUGCCGCCGCGGCACCGCCGCCGCCGGAGGCGGCGGCGCCUGCUGCGGCUGCGUCUGCGCCGGCCGCAGCCGCGGCUGCGGCUCCCGCCGCGGCUCAGGACCAGGACACGGAAAUGGAGGACGCCGCGCCGUCGUCGGCGGCGCCGGCCGAGUCGGACCCCAUGAGCGCUGACGUCGGCAGCACCGGCACCGCCGCCGCGGCGACUGCGGCAGCCACCACGGACACCGCUGCCGCCGUACCCGCCGCCGCGCCGGCGCCGGAGGCGGCGCCAACGGCCGCGGCAGCUGACUCGAUAGAUGAGCGGUUGCGGCGUGCGGCGCUGGCAGCGGGCAUCGACCUUGCGUUCCUGGAGGCGCUUCCUGAGGACCUCCGAGCGGAAGUGCUCGCCAUGCAUGGGGCGGUGAUUGAGGACGCACCGCCGCCGGCCCCGGCCCCGGCUUCGGCUCCGGCGGUGGCGGCAGCGGCAGCGGCUGCGCCGCCCGCUGCCGUCGCGGAGCCGGCGCCAGGCACAACUGCCGCCGCACCCGAGGCCGCCGCAACAAGCGAAAGCGCUCCGGCGGGGGCUGAGGGCGCAGCCGGCGAGGCUGCCCCUGGCGACGCCGCUGGUGGCGCUGCCGCUGCCGCGCCCGCGGCGGAAGGCGCCGAUGCCGGCGGCGCUGCUGGCGGCGGCGACGCCGGUGGCGGUGACGCUAUGGCGGUGGACGACGACGGCGUGGAUCCGGAGUUCUUGGCGGCGCUGCCUGAGGACCUGCGUCAGGAGGUGCUGGCGCAGCAGCGCGCGGAGCAGGAUCGCCGCCGUCGGGAGGAGGAGCGGCGGCGCGCUGCCGCCGCCGCUGCCGCGGCGCCCGGCCCUGCGGAGCUGGACCUUGCCUCGCUGCUGGCCACCUUCCCGCCCGACGUGCGGGAAGAGGUGCUGCUGACGUCAGACGACGCGCUGCUGUCCACACUGCCGCCCGCGCUGCGCGCCGAGGCACUGGCGCUGCGCAGCCGCUACCAGCGCAACCAGGCAAUGGCGGCGGCAGCCGCCGCCGCGGCGGCGGAGGCGCCGCAGGGGCUGGGUGGCGCCGGUGGCGCCGCCGCUGGCGGCGCCGCCGCCGGCGGGCCGAUGCGGAUACGCGUGGGCAUGCCCGGCGGUGUGGUGGCGGCGGACGCCAUCCCGGCGGGCGCGCGCAUCGGCGUGAUGCGCGGCGGGCGGCUGCACCUGAUGGGCGGGCCGGGCGCCGGCGCGGCGGCGCAUCGCGGCGGCGCGGCGGGCGGUGUGCCUGGCACUGGUGCGGCGGGCCGCCCGGGCGCGGCCAAGACUGACGAGGACGAGGAGGCUGCUGAGGGCCCGGCGCUGCUGGACGAUGGCGAGCUGGCGGCGCUGGUGGGGCUGCUGCGGAGCGGCGCACUGCAGGCAGCGCGCGCGCCGCUGCAGCGCGUGCUGGGCAACCUGUGCGGCCACCCCACCACGCGGCGGAAGCUGCUGGCCCUGCUGCUGGACAUGAUGCGGGCAGCCACGCCGCAGCUGCCGCCGCCCUCCGGCGCCGAAGCCUCGGAAGGCGCCGCCGAUAUGGAAGUGGAGGCCGCCACCGCCUCGGCGGCAGCGGCCGCAGGGCCGGCCGGCGACGCCCCCGGUGCUACUGCCGGAGCGGCCGCGGCCGCGGCCGUCACCACCACGUCGCAGGCGCAACAGCAGCCCACGGACGCACAGCUGCGGCGGGUGAUGGAGGUGCUCAUCAGCCUCAGCCGCAACUCCACCAAGGUCUCCACGCUCCUGCUGUACCUACGUGCGGCGACAGCCGCCGCGGCGGCGGCGACCGCCGCCGAAGGCGGCGCGCCGCAGGAGGACGCCAAGGGCAAGGGCCCGGCGGCGCCAGCCGCCGCCACCGCCUCCACAUCAUCCACGUCGGCAGCACCCGGCCCGAACACGCUGGAGCUUCUGCUGAUGUCGAUGGGGCGGCCGGCGGGGCCGGCGCGCGGCAGCAGCGGCAAUGCCACGCUGGACCUGUCGCUGCGGCUGGCGGACCUGCUGCUAGGCAUGGCGCUCACGCGCGUGGGCGAGCUGCGGCAGCAGGAGGCGGAGGCGUGGGCGGCCGCGCAGGCGGCAGCGGACGUGGCGAAGCAGCACGAGGCGGAGCAGAAGGCGGCGGCGGAGGCGGCCGCGGCCGGAAAGGGAGCGGAUGGCGCAGCUGCGGGUGCUGCGGGUGCCAGCACGGGCGCGUCGGAAGGCGGCGCGGCGGCGAUGGAGACGGAGCGGCCAGCAGGAACGGAAGCGGCAACGCCUGCGGCUGCACCAGCGCCUGCAGCUGCAACUCCCGCACCCAAGGCGUCGUCGUCACCGUUCAGCCAGGCAACACCGCCGCCGGCCGUGCCCGCAGCCGGCGCUGCAGCGGCAGCUGCCUCUGGCGACGCGGCUGGCGCCGGCGCCGCAGCGCCAGUGGAGCCGACGCCGGCGCCCAUCCCGGAGGACGUGCGCGCGGAGCUGGCGUCGCUGCCCGCACGCCGCCGUGCCGACGAGCUGUGCGCGUCGAUGGAGUCGCUGCCGCCGCCGUUGGUGCGGCACGUGCCGCUGCUGCUGGCGCGUCCGGGGCUGGCGGAGGCCGCCUACGGCCGCGUGUCGGCGGUUAUGCAGGGGCUGGCGUGCGCCGCGCCGCAAGCUCACGCGCUGCCGCUGCUGGCCACGCUGACGGACGAGCUGUGCCGGCUGGGCGCCGCCGUGACGGAGCUGUUGGCGCGCGGCGCCAAGGCGGGCGUGUCGGACGCCGACAGCGCCGUGAUCACGGGCAUGGCGCAGCAGGGCGGCCACGUGCUGCGCCUGCUGCGCGCGCUGCAGGCCUUCCGCAGCAUGCCCGACGCCAAGAUGCACCAGCUGCUGCUGCCGCCCAUGCCGCCCGCCGCCGAGGAGGAGGCGGCGCGGGAGGAGGCGGCGGCAGCCGCCGCCGCGGCGGGCGCGGGGCCCAGCAGCAGCCGCGCGCCGGCGCCGCCGGCGCCGCACCGCAACUACCGUGUGGUGGCCAAGGAGGCGUUUGCGGCGCUGCCCAACGAGGUCAAGGCGGCUCUGGCGUCUGCAGGCACCCACCUGGAGCCGCUGUGGGCGGCGCUGUCCGCAUGCAUCUCCGCCAUCGAGGACUCCAUGGGCAAGGCGCCGGGCGCAGGCACCAGCGGCGGCGCCGGCGGCGCGGUGGCAGACGGCGCGGACGGCGCCGCGGCCGGCGAGGCCGGGCAAGGCCAGGAGCCGGCGGCGCUCAACGCGGCCGGCGCAGCCGCCGCCGCUGCUGCGGCGGCUGCGGGCGGUAGCUCCUCCCGCACGCUGCCGCCCGGCGCGGGCCAGGUGCUGCCACUGGUGGAGGCCUUCUUCGUCAUGUGUGCAUUGCGCGACGCCAUACCCGCGGCCCCCACCGCGGCGCCCGGCGGCGGCUCCACCGCCGCCGCCUCUACCGACGCCGCCGCGGGCCUGGCGGCGGGCGUAUCCUCCGACAUGUCCGCGCUGGCGGCGCAGGCCGCCGCCGCCUACCGCAGCUCGGGCGACGGCUCCGCGCGCGGCGCCUCGCCGCCGCCCGCCGCGUUGGCCAGCGCCAGCCGCGGCGCCAGCGGCCAGCUGCCCACUGCUGGAGCCGCCAGCGCCGCCGGCGCCGCCGCGGCUGCGGCGUCCGCCGCAGCGGGCGCCAGCACCGCCGCCGCGGCGUCGGCAGCCAAGGCUGAGGAGGACCGCACCGCUCUGUUCAUGCACUUCGCGGAGCGGCACCGCCGCCUCAUGAACGCCUAUCUUCGCCGCGCGCCGGCGCUGCUGGAGGGCUCGCUCAGCCCGCUCAUGUCUGUGCCGCGCCUGAUCGACUUCGACAACAAACGCUCCUGGUUCCGCACGCGCGUGCGCUCGCCCGCCGACGCCGCGGCGGAGCGGCCGUACGGCAGCCUGCGGCUGGCGGUGCGGCGCGAGCACGUGUUCGAGGACAGCUUCUACCAGCUGCGCGGGCGGCCGGCGGAGGAGAUGCGGCUCAAGCUCAAUGUCACGUUCCAGGGCGAGGAGGGCAUUGACGCGGGCGGCGUGACGCGCGAGUGGUACCAGGUGAUGGCGCGCGAGAUGUUCAACCCCAACCUGGCGCUGUUCGUGACGGUGCCCGAGGGCGGCUCCACCUUCCAGCCCAACCCCAACAGCCACGUGCAGAACGACCGCGGCAUCAGCCACCUGGACUACUUCCGCUUCGUGGGGCGGGUGGUGGGCAAGGCGCUGCACGACGGGCAGCUGAUCGACGCCUACUUCACGCGCUCCUUCUACAAGCACAUGCUGGGCUCGCCGCUGACGCACGUGGACCUGGAGGCCGUAGACCCGGAGUACUACAAGGCUCUGUCCUGGAUGCUGUCCAACGACAUCACGGACGUGCUGGACCUCACCUUCACCGCCGAGACCGACUUCUUCGGCCGCAAGGAGACGGUGGAGCUGGUGCCGGGCGGCAAGGACCUGCGCGUCACCGAGGCCAACAAGCUGCAGUACGUCAACCUGGUGGCGAGGCACCGCAUGACCACGUCCAUCACCGCGCAGAUCAACGCCUUCCUGGAGGGCUUCUGGCAGUUGGUGCCGCGCCAGCUCAUCUCCAUCUUCAACGACCACGAGCUGGAGCUGCUCAUCAGCGGCCUGCCCGACAUCGACGUGGACGACCUGCGUGCCAACACCGAGUACAGCGGCUACAGCGCCACCUCGCCCGUCAUCAGGUGGUUCUGGGAGGCUGUGGGCGAGAUGGACAAGCAGGAGCGCGCGCAGCUGGUGCAGUUCGUGACGGGCACCAGCAAGGUGCCGCUGGAGGGCUUCAAGGCGCUGCAGGGCAUCAGCGGGCCGCAGAAGUUCCAGAUCCACAAGGCCUACGGAGACGGCUCCCGCCUGGCUAGCGCGCACACGUGCUUCAACCAGCUGGACCUGCCAGAGUACGAGUCCAAGGAGCAGCUGGUGGAGCGGCUCAAGGUGGCGGUCAGCGAGGGCAACGUGGGAUUCGGGUUCGGGUAGAGCCAACGGUUCACCGGCAGCGCCAGUGCCGGUGCAGGAGGCGCGGAGGAGCACGCGUAAGAGGAGGAGAAAGGGAGGGACGGAUGCGAGAAGGGUGUGGGGAGCGGGAGGCAGGUGCAAGUGUGGGAACGGAGCAAGGUGGAGGCGGGGCUCCGCCAAGGUGUGGGAAUACUGCGGAGGAAUGGUGUGAGUACGAAGAGCUCCGUGCUACAGCUCGCGGUAGAGGCUAGGUCAGAGGCCAGGUGUUGCUGGCUGGACAGAGACGCACACACAAUACGCGGGAGAGACGCCCGCGUGCCGCCUGCGGGUUUGGAUAGGUGUGCCUCGCUUGCGUCCGACGUAAGAGGAAGAGGGUGUGCACACUGCUUAGGUCUACCCUGAUUCCUGAGUUUAGGUUACAACCCACCAGGUGACUGUACCACUGCCGCCACAGACAGGAGCAGGCCAGGUGUACGAACAAUUGUGUUGGGCGCUUACGCACGGCGCUGAUGGAAGAUUGCAGGUUUGGGUGCAAGGGUACGGUGCGGUACGUAGUACGUACAAGGCAUGUAGGUUGCUAGCGGUUGGUUAAGGGCGUUGUGAGGUACCGGCGCUUCAGCAAUGCAGGGACGCACACUGAAGGCCGUGCACAGCAACAUGGCGAUCAAGUAAUUGACCUUG